AUGAAGACUCAGGCCUGCCAGCAGUCCAGUCUCCUAAAAGGGAAAAGGAAAUGGUUUCUGCGGGCCCUCAGUGGCUUCCUCUUCCUGUUCUCGGUGGCCAUGACUGGCUGCUUUCUGUGGCAGUACCACCUCCCCAAGUUGCAGAGUGGUUCCUUGAAGCCAGAGGUGACCGCAGCCCCCAUGAGGAUGUGUCCCCGGCACCCUGAACUUGUGCCUCUGGUUCACCCCCUGCCUGUGCUGAAGGAGGCCUUGGAAAAGGUGGAUGGGAUUCUGCGUGAGGCAAUGCUGGCCCCAGGCCUGGCUGCCAUGUCUGCCCUUGUCAUCCACAAUGACACUGUGCUCUGGACUGGGAACUUCGGGAGGAAGAAUGGCUCAGAUCCAAAUUCUGGAACCCCUAAUGAGUACACCAUGUACCGGAUUGCCAGCAUCUCCAAGAUCUUCCCCGUGCUCAUGCUCUACCGCCUGUGGGAGGAGGGCGUCGUGGCCUCCCUGGAUGACCCUUUGGAACGCUAUGCCAGCACCUUCUCCAUCAACAACCCACUGGGCACGGCCCAAGGCCCUGAGCCACAGGGUCCGGUGGGGGAAUUUGAAGAGAUGGGCUCCCUCCCAAGGCCUUCUCCUGUCACUCUCCGGAGGAUGGCCAGCCAGCUGUCAGGACUCCCCCGAAGGCUGCGGGGCACCUCACUGCUGUGGAGAGGCAGCACCCAGGAUGCUCUGAGCCUGCUCAAGGAUGACGUCCUGGUGGCUGACCCCGGAACCAGAUGCCAUUACAGCACGCUGGCCUUCUCUCUCCUGGCCCAUGUGCUGGCUGCGCACAGGGCGCAGGGCGACUACGAGCGCUGGGUGUCUGAGCAGGUGCUGGAACCUCUGGGGAUGAGUGACACCGGCUUUGCCUUGACGGGAGCAGUGCGCGCCCGCCUGGCCGCGGGUUUCUACGGCAGCGGCAGGUCCGCGCCGCUCUACGACCUGGGCUGGUACCGGCCUUCGGGCCAGAUGUACUCGACGGCCGCAGACCUGGCCAGGCUGGCCACUGCGCUGCUGGGCGCGGGACCCCGACGGCUGUUGCGGCCCGACAGCCUGGCCACCCUGCUAGCACCGCUACGCGCCUGCGCCCACGGCUACUUCGCUCGCGAAACCGGCACACCCUGGGAGUUCCACGAGAAGCUCGGGUACCGCGUGGUGCGCAAGGACGGCGACCUGGACGGCUACGCCGCCAGCCUGGCGCUCGUGCCACCGCUGCGCCUGGGGUUUGUCCUGCUGCUGGCGGGGCCGCGGCCGCCCACCAGCGACCCGGUGGCUGACGCCCUGGACGCGCUGCUGCCGGCCCUGGAGAGCGCGCUGCGCGGCGCUGAGCUCGCCCCCGCGCCCCCGCCCCGCGCGCGCCCGUUCGCCGGCUUCUUCACCUUCGCCAACCGCACUUACUACGAGGUGCGCGCCGCCGGGCCGCACGGAGAGCUGCGCCUGCGCCAGUUCGGGCCGCGCGUGGACGCGCUCGUGCCCGCUGCCUUCCGCUCGCUCGCUCUGCGCCACGUGCGCGGCCGCGUCUUCCAGCUGCACGUGGCGCGCGAGUUCCCGUGCGCGCUGCCGCUCGCGGACGCCUGGCUGUCUCUGGAGGCCCAGCACGGGCAGCUGGUGCGUUUCUACCCGCUGGACCGCCACGGGCUGGCGCCGGGCUUCGACGUGCCCGGCCUCAACACCUACGGAGUGAUGCGCCUGCCGCGCAGGCCGGUGUUCGGCUCCCAGUGAGCUGGGCAUCCCCGCGCGCGCGCGCCUGUCGCGCCUUUGCGUUGCCCGCGCGUGCCACCCUCCUCAUGCCUCCGGCCUGCCCACGCCCGCCUGCGGCUUUGCUCUUCUCUGCAGUUUUCUCCUGCAACCUCCCCUGUGGCCUCUUCAUGCUUACCUCCUCUCCCCCUCACCAGUGGCCUCCCCUGCGUGGUGUCUGUCCCGGCGCCAACCUUCCCCUUCC